GAGAGCCCGGUGGGGAUGGUGGAGAUCGCAGGCUGCGCAGGGCAGAAGCGCCGAGGCUUCCUGGAGGGAGGGCUGCUGCUGCUGCUGCUGCUGCUGCUGGUGACGGGUGCCCUGGCCGCCCUGGGCCUCCUCUAUGCAGACAGAAGAGGGAAGCAGCCGCCACUUUUUACUAGCCGGCUUUGCUUCUCAAAGGAAGAGAAGACCAUUGUAAAGCGAACACCCCGAGACGUCCAAAAGCCCAGGGGCGCAAGCGAAACCGGCACCAGCCCUGGCUGCGCGAUGGCAGCCGCCAGGAUCCUCCAGAACAUGGACCCGUCCAAGAAGCCCUGUGACGACUUCUACCAGUACGCGUGCGGGGGCUGGCUGCAGCGCCAUGUGAUCCCCGAGACCAGCUCGCGAUACAGCGUCUUCGACAUCCUCCAGGAUGAGCUGGAGAUCAUUCUCAAAGGGGUGCUGGAGAAUUCUACCACCAAGGAUCGGCCAGCUGUACAGAAGGCCAAGAUGCUGUACCGCUCCUGCAUGAACGAGAGUGAGAUAGAAAAGCGAGACUCGCAGCCCCUGCUGGACAUCCUGAAGGCGGUAGGAGGCUGGCCAGUGGCCACGGACAAGUGGAGCGAGAGUGUAGGCGCCCGGUGGGAACUGGAGCAGCAGCUGGCCGUGAUGAACGCGCAGUUCAACCGGCGGGUCCUCAUCGACCUCUUCAUCUGGAACGACGACCAGAACUCCAGCCAGCACAUCAUCUAUAUAGACCAGCCAACCCUGGGCAUGCCGUCCCGAGAGCACUACUUCAAUGAGGGCAGCGACCAGAAGGUACGGGAAGCCUACCUGCAGUUCAUGACGUCGGUGGCCACGAUGCUUCGGGCGGACAUGAACCUCCCCCAGAACAGCGACCUGGUGCGGGAGGACAUGGCCCAGGUGCUGGAGCUGGAGACGCAGCUGGCCAACGCCACGGCCCCACAGGAGGAGCGGCACGACGUCACCGCCCUGUACCACAGGAUGGACCUGGAACAGCUCCAGAACGAGUUCGGUCUGAAGGGAUUUAACUGGACUCUCUUCAUACAAUCUGUGCUAUCCUCUGUCAAAAUCGAGCUGCUGCCAGAUGAGGAAGUGGUGGUCUAUGGCAUCCCCUACCUCCAGAAUCUUGAAGACAUCAUCGAUGUCUACUCAUCCAGGACCAUGCAGAACUACCUGGUCUGGCGCCUGGUCCUGGACCGCAUCAGCAGCCUGAGCCAGAGAUUCAAGGAUGCACGCGCAAACUACCGCAAGGCGCUGUACGGCACGUCGGCACAGGAGGUGCGCUGGCGGGAGUGCGUCAGCUACGUCAACAGUAACAUGGAGAGCGCCGUGGGCUCACUCUACGUCAAGGAGGCCUUCCCCAGGGACAGCAAGAACAUGGUCAGAGAGCUCAUCGACCAGCUGCGGGCAGUGUUCAUGGAGACCCUGGACGAGCUGAGCUGGAUGGACAAGUCAUCCAAGAAGGCGGCCCAGGAGAAGGCCAUGAGCAUCCAGGAGCAGGUUGGGUAUCCCGACUACAUCCUGGAGGAGGGGAACAAACACCUGGACGAGGAGUAUUCCAAUCUGAACUUCUCGGAGCACCUGUACUUUGAGAACGGACUGCAGAAUCUCAAGGCUGGCGCCCAGCGGAGCCUCAGGAAGCUUCGGGAGAAGGUGGACCGAAACCUCUGGAUCACCGGGGCCGCUGCGGUGAAUGCGUUCUACUCCCCAAACCGAAACCAGAUUGUGUUUCCUGCCGGGAUUCUCCAGCCUCCUUUCUUCAGCAAGGAGCAGCCCCAGGCCUUGAACUUUGGGGGCAUCGGGAUGGUGAUCGGGCACGAGAUCACCCACGGCUUUGAUGACAACGGCCGGAACUUCGACAAGAACGGGAACAUGAUGGACUGGUGGAGUAACUUCUCGGCCCAGCACUUCCGCAAGCAGUCGGAGUGCAUGGUCUACCAGUAUGGUAACUACUCCUGGGACCUGGCCGACGACCAGAACGUGAAUGGCUUCAGUACCCUCGGGGAAAACAUCGCAGACAAUGGAGGGGUGCGGCAGGCCUACAAGGCUUACCUGAAGUGGGUGGCGGAAGGCGGCAAGGACCAGCCGCUGCCAGGACUGCAGCUGACCGACAAGCAGCUAUUCUUCAUCAGCUAUGCACAGGUGUGGUGCGGGUCCUACCGGCCCGAGUUCGCCAUCCAGUCCAUCAAGACCGACGUCCACAGCCCCCUGAAGUACAGGGUGCUGGGCUCGCUGCAGAACCUGGCCGCCUUCGCAGACGCGUUCCACUGCGCGCGGGGCUCCCCUAUGCACCCGAAGGUGCGAUGCCAUGUCUGGUAG